AAUGGGCGAGGAGUUUAGGCGAUAUUUAUGGUGUACAUAUGGGUCAGCAAUAUUGGAUUAUAUUUACUAGUGAUAAGGUUGUUGGUGACCUUUUACAAAAGCGUGGUGGAAAAUGUUCAACUCGUAUACCAAGUUAUAAUAUUCAUGAUGUAUUGACCCGAGGAAGGAAUAUUAUCAGUUGUCCAUAUAAUGAGAGAUAUAAAAUGAUCAUUUCUAUUAUGUAUGAAAUUCUCCAACGCAAUGUUAAAAAAAAAUUUAAACUACUAGAUGAUGAAUUUCGUAUUCUUAUGCAAAACCUUUAUAAAGCUUCAGUUAAAACAGAAGAUGCUUUUUAUCCUAAAUAUUAUUUUCAACUUGCUAGUUUAAAUAUUAUAAGCAUCUUAUGUUCAAACAAGCGUAAGAAAUGGUUACCAGACAAUAAUUUAUAUAAUAAAUUAAUUGAGAAUAGAGAUAUUGUUGAGGCUUUUUAUAGAAAAUUGAUCAAUGAAGUUAUGGAUGAUAAAGAGAAGAAGCCAUGUUUUAUUAGAGAUUUACUUCAUAAAAAGGAUGAAGAAGUCCUUGAUGAACUAGACGUUAUUUAUAUAACAAGUUCGAUGUUUGCUGCUGGAUCUGACACAAUUUCAGCAAGUUUAACAUGGCUUACUGCUGCUUUAGCUAAUAACCCCCAC